CAAAAAAACUUGUAAGUAUUUAGGAAAAAUCUCAUUACAUCAACAGGAUUUAUUAGGGAAUAAAUUAACAAGGAAUAUCCCCAGCAGUUUGUUCUUGUUAAAGAACUUGAUUGUCUUGUAUCUUUACAGGAACAAGUUAUCAGGUGAGAUUCCUUGUGUUGUUGAAGCUUUGAACUUAGUUGAACUUGAUCUUUCGGAUAAUAAUUGAUAGGGAAAAUGCCAGAUGAUUUUGGGAAACUUCAAAACUUAUCAGUUUUGAAUUUGUUCUACAAUCAAUUAUCUAGUGAAAUCCCUAAAAGUAUUGGUCGUCUUCCAGCACUGAUUCAUUUUAGCUUGCUUAGCGUCAAUUUGUCAGGUGUCCUCCCUCCAGACUUGGGAAGAUAUUCAAUGCUUAAAACAGUCGAGGCUUCGUCCAACAAGCUUACUGGCAGGCUGCUUGAAUUUUUAUGCAAUAGAGGAAAGUUAGUAGGAGUGUCAGGCUACAAUAACAAUCUCAAUGGGGAGUUGCCAGAAUCGCUUGGGAAUUGCAGUAGUUUGCUGAUGAUGAGUAUUUCACGUAAUGCAGUUACUAGCAAUAUACCUAUUGGUCUAUGGACAGCUUCGAAUUUGAGGUAUCUAAUGCUAAGCAGCAAUUUGUUCACAGGUGAGCUUCUUGAUGAAGUUUCAAGGAAUCUUAGAAGGCUAGAGAUCAGCAACAACAUGUUUUCUGGUAAAAUUUCCACCGAAGCAUCUUGGAGGAAUCUCAUGUUUUUUAAUGCUAGUAAUAACUUGUUUUGUGGCACAAUCCCUCAAGAAUUAACUGCUUUUCCUCUUGUCAUUACUCUUCUGCUUGAUAGGAACCGACUCACAAGAGCCAUUCCAUCCGAUAUAGUCUGA